CAUGGGUAAGGAAAAGAUUCAUAUUAACAUUGUCGUCAUUGGACAUGUCGAUUCCGGCAAGUCAACCACUACCGGUCAUUUGAUUUACAAAUGCGGUGGCAUUGAUAAGCGUACCAUUGAAAAGUUCGAAAAGGAAGCCCAAGAAAUGGGCAAGGGUUCCUUUAAAUAUGCCUGGGUUUUGGAUAAGCUAAAGGCCGAACGUGAACGUGGUAUUACCAUCGACAUUGCCCUGUGGAAGUUCGAAACGCAAAAAUACUAUGUGACCAUCAUUGAUGCCCCCGGCCAUCGUGAUUUCAUUAAGAACAUGAUUACCGGCACCUCGCAAGCCGAUUGUGCCGUCUUGAUUGUUGCUGCCGGUACCGGUGAAUUUGAGGCUGGCAUCUCUAAGAACGGUCAGACUCGUGAGCAUGCCUUGUUGGCCUUUACAUUGGGCGUGAAGCAAUUGAUUGUGGGUGUGAAUAAAAUGGACUCCACCGAACCGCCGUACAGUGAGGGACGUUAUGAGGAAAUCAAAAAGGAAGUAUCAUCGUAUAUUAAGAAAAUCGGCUAUAAUCCGGCCGGUGUUGCAUUUGUACCGAUUUCCGGCUGGCAUGGCGAUAAUAUGUUGGAGUCGUCGGAUAAAAUGCCCUGGUUCAAGGGAUGGACUGUCGAGCGCAAGGAGGGUAAAGUUGAGGGUAAAACUUUAAUUGAUGCCUUGGAUGCCAUUAUGCCGCCAUCACGUCCCACCGAUAAGCCGUUGCGUUUGCCAUUGCAGGAUGUUUAUAAAAUUGGUGGUAUUGGUACAGUACCAGUGGGUCGUGUUGAGACGGGCAUUCUAAAACCAGGCAUGGUGGUCAAUUUUGCUCCUGUCAAUUUGGUAACUGAAGUCAAGUCCGUGGAAAUGCAUCAUGAAGCGUUGUCCGAAGCUUUGCCCGGUGACAAUGUGGGCUUCAACGUUAAGAACGUUUCGGUUAAGGAAUUGCGUCGUGGCUAUGUUGCCGGUGAUUCUAAGAAUUGCCCACCCAAGGGGGCUGCCGAUUUUACUGCCCAGGUUAUUGUCCUCAAUCAUCCUGGCCAAAUUGCCAAUGGCUAUACCCCUGUCUUGGAUUGCCAUACCGCUCACAUUGCUUGCAAAUUUGCCGAAAUCAAGGAGAAAUGUGAUCGUCGUACCGGUAAAACAACCGAAACCGAUCCGAAGGCCAUUAAAUCGGGUGAUGCCGCCAUUAUUAUGCUGGUACCCACCAAACCGUUGUGUGUUGAAUCUUUCCAAGAAUUUCCACCAUUGGGACGUUUUGCUGUGCGCGAUAUGAGGCAAACUGUCGCUGUGGGUGUCAUCAAGUCGGUGACAUUUAAAGAGACGACUUCGGGUAAAGUCACAAAAGCCGCUGAGAAGGCCCAAAAGAAGAAAUAACUAGGGAGCAGCCAGAAGAAUAUGCAACAACAACAAACAAACCAACAACAGCAAAAUGUUAUACCACAACAACAACAAGAAGAAAAUGAAUAUCAA